AAAACAAAACAAAUCCAAAUCGAAAGAUGUUGCAAUUUUGGGCCUCGGAAGUUUAUCGGUUAAGUAACCGCAAGAGGCGAUGUUUAUUCGCAAAGAGAUCCAAUUGAGGAGGGACGUGGCAUCAUCUGAGGCCGUGAGGCGUAACCUCCGAGUCAACUUGUGGCGUCAAAUCUAGGUCACCAACACUAACCCUGGGUUAGCCAUUCUGCCAAGGAACCAACGGAGAGGCUUGCAGAGCCGAGGGCUUCACUGCAACCAGAUCGGCGGGCAUGGGCGUCAAUUCUGCUCCUCUGUGGCACUCGUGAAGGAAGAUGAAGGAGGUAGCCUCAUACAAUUCCAUUAAAUGAUUGGAGCGGCGGAAUAUUUCAUUCUAGCGUAGCGUAAGUGAAGUGAACCAGCGGUUGGUCAAUCAUGAAGAAAAAGCUCGAUACUCGCUUUCCCGCGUCUCGUAUAAAAAAGAUAAUGCAAGCUGAUGAGGACAUUGGCAAGAUUGCACAGGCAGUGCCUCUCUUAGUAUCAAAAUCACUGGAGUUAUUUUUACAGGAUCUUUGUGAUCGAACUUAUGAAAUAACUUUACAGAGGGGGGCUAAGACUGUGAGUGCCUCACAUCUGAAGCAAUGCGUAUACAGGUAUAAUGUUUUUGAUUUUUUACGUGAGAUUGUUAACAAAGUUCCAGACAUGGGGGGUUCAGAUGCUGCUACUGGUGAUGAAAAGAAUGGUAGUAGGAGGAGAAAAGCACAAGAAGGAGAUGAAAAUGAAAGUGAUGAGGAGGAUGUUAAAAGGGCUAAAAUGGGUGCACAUUGUGGAAAUACAAGAGGAAGGGGAAGAAGAGGAAGAGGUAGAGGGAGUAGAGGCAGUACUAGUGCAAGAAAUGAUACUGUUGCUGAUAAAUUUGAGGAUGAAGACCUAGAUUUGUCUCCCGAACAUAGUGAUAAACAGGAAAGACUGUCAGAAAGUCUUACUGAUGUUAAUGCAGAGGCAAGAGAAACGAAGUUAACAGCCGGUAUGAGUGCCUCCCCUGUUGUAAGAAAUUUUGAUCUCAAUAUGGAGCUAGAUGAAAGUGGAGAUGUGGCAGAUGUGCAACCUGCUGUCAAACAGGAAGAAAUGCAUCCUGGUGGCCUUUGCAGUGUACAUCCUGCUGUUAAAGAAGAACAAAUCUCCAGUGACGUUGCAGGUGUGCAGCGUGAUGUUAAACAUGAAGAGCCAUGUCCUAGUUGGCCUCAUUCAGAUGUAGAUAAUGUAACUCUAGAUUCCAUGCAUUUUCAUUUGCGCUCAGAUAGAAUUGUUGAUCAGGAUGAAGAUGACUACGACAAUGAGGAUGUAUAAUGCAUUACACAAUGGAGACUUGUUUUCCUCAUUUCAAGGGUGUAGAGUAGAAUUGGACAAACCUUUACCAUUCAGAUAGAUUAACACCAUAGACUUACUGACAGUUAGAGAAAGUUCACAACGAAACAUCUUCCAAAUAUCAGAUGUAAUGAGUUCUUGUACAUAAUAUUUUGUCAACUUUCAAGGAGGGUCAGGAAAUUUGUAUUGGUUUGAAUGCUUACUUUUCAGGCACUGAAGAAUUUACAGCCAGUCUGUUGCUUU